AUGUCGAAAGCUAUCGUCAAAACCACUUUCGAGGCGUCCCGCACGCUCCGCCCCAUUUACACCGGCGGCAGCACCGCGUUGGAUGCCAGUGGGCGCAUCUUGCUGAGCUGCGUGGGCGAGGAUGCCUUGAUCGUCGAUCUUGAGACUGGUAACCAGCUUGCCAGCCUCGAGGGGGAUGGAGAAAUUGUCACCGGAUUGGCCAUCACGCCGUCCGCUUCACACGCCAUUGUAUGCUCGCGCUCGAUGUCCAUGCGAAUCUACGGCCUCUCGGCUUUCGACGAGUCUUCCCAGAGCAUUGAAGCAAAACUUCUCCGAACCCUCAAGCCUCACACAGCUCCCGUUGUGACCAUUUCUGUCGAUCCCACCGGUACACUACUUGCUACCGGUGGUGCUGAUGGCUCAAUCAAGGUCUGGGACAUCAGAGGUGGGUUUGUCACACACACUUUCCACGGCCAUGGUGGUGUUAUUUCUGCGCUUUGCUUUUUCGAGGUCCCUACUGUCGACGGCAAGUCUGCUUCCAAGAAGAGCAAAUCCAAGCGACAGACUGGGGAAAACGAUGACGAAGAUAUGGAGGACUCAACCUCUACGGGUUCCACUGCAGGAUUCCGCUUAGCAUCCGGCAGCGAAGAUGGCAAAAUGCGCGUGUGGGAUUUGCACAAGAGAAAAUCCAUUGCAUCGCUCGAAUCACAUGUCUCUCUUGUCCGCAGCUUGUCCUUCUCACCAUCAGAGAAUGCAUUGAUCUCAGCCAGUAGAGACAAGACUGUCAUUGUUUGGGACGCUCGUACUUGGAAGACUCGCAGAAUUAUCCCUGUUUUGGAGAGCGUGGAGGCCGCAGCUUUCAUUGCGGAUAGCCCACUUUGCGUUAUUGGUGGAGAGAACGGCAAAUUGCGAGUUUGGGACUGCAAUCGUGGAAGCGAGGUGACAGAGGAACAAGAAGCCGGAGAAGAGUAUGAGAGUGUCGUUGCUAUCCAAUAUUCGGCUGGUCUGCCUUUUGUCCUCACUGUUCACGCAGAUCAGACUCUCCGACUUCAUUCACUCGAGUCACUGUCUGAUUAUAAGCCAGUGUCAACAUUGGAAGCCUUGGCAAUCAUUCGCCGCAUUUCUGGCAAUGAUGAUGAGAUCAUUGAUUUGGCUUAUGUUGGACCCGAUCGGUCGAUGCUUGCUUUGGCCACCAACACCGAGACUAUUCGUGUGGUCUCGGUUGCUCCAUCGGAAGACCGACCCUCGGUUCAGGGAGAGGAGUACUUCGGUGCUGAUGUCACGCACCUGGAAGGCCACGACGAUAUUAUCAUUUGCAUUGAUGUGGACUGGUCAGGACACUGGCUAGCAACUGGCGCUAAAGACAACACAGCCCGUCUUUGGCGUAUUGAUCCGAAAACAUCUUCUUAUACUUGCUUUGCUAUCUUCACUGGUCACGCCGAGUCAUUGGGAGCAAUUGCCCUUCCUCGGGUGCCACCCCCUGUCGGCAGUGCCGCAUAUAACGAUCCCGUGAACCACCCGCCGGCCUUCCUAAUUACCGGUUCGCAAGAUCGCACAAUCAAGCGCUGGGACACAAGCAAGUUGGCCCCCUUGACGGGAGAAAAGCCACACUCCCCGAAGGCAAUCUAUACCCGCAAGGCCCACGAGAAGGAUAUUAAUGCCAUUGAUAUUGAUUCUACAUCUGAACUGUUUGCCUCAGCAUCACAAGAUCGGACCGUCAAGGUCUGGGCUGCCGACGAGGGUUCGGCGGUCGGUGUUCUCCGGGGCCACAAGCGCGGUGUUUGGUCGGUGCGAUUUGCUCCCCAAGGCACACCGAUCAUCAACUCAGAUUCACGUACCAGCACAAGCCGUGGUCUGGUAGCUACAGGUUCCGGCGAUAAGACCGUUAAGCUCUGGAGCCUGUCUGACUACAGCUGUCUGCUGACUUUCGAGGGCCACACCAACAGUGUUCUCAAGGUCCUUUGGCUCCCACCCCCACAAGUCUCCAACAACCAAGCCGAUGACGAUGAGGAUGACGAGGAAGCCGCAACAGCACGUAAAAACGCCAUUCAAGACCGGCCCCUUAUCGCCUCUGCCGCAGCAGACGGUCUCGUCAAGAUCUGGUCCCCCUACACAGGCGAGCUUGAGACCACCCUGGAUAAUCACAUUGACCGAGUCUGGGCACUCGCCAGCCCGACCCCAUCAGGCUCACGCUCAGACGUGAAGCAAUCUUCGUCCAAGCUCAACACGACUCCCUACGCCAUUGCCUCUGGUUCCGCCGACGCAACAGUGACUUUCUGGACUGAUACCACAUCGGCCACCUACAGUGCCGCUGUCACCGCCAACUCUGCCCGCAUUGAGCAAGACCAAGAACUACAGAACUACAUCCGCGCCGGUGCCUACCGCGAAGCCAUCACUCUGGCUCUGCAACUCAACCACCCUGGUAGACUGCUCUCGCUCUUCACAUCCGCCAUCAACGCCGCAGACGACCCCACUCUCCCGGCCGAGGAUCGUGAGCGUUCCAAAUCCAGUCUUUCUGGCAACCCGUCCAUCGACGAAGUGCUGCAGAACUUGGACCCUGCAAACCUGCGCACUCUCCUGCUCCGCCUUCGCGACUGGAACACCAACGCCCGCACCUCGCGUGUGUCACAGCGUAUCCUGUACGCUCUGUUCCGGUCUUACCCUGCAUCGACUUUUGUCGAGCUUGCGACUCAGUCUGUCCGUGGAAAGGAUGGUCGUGCCGCGGCUGGUCUGAAGGAUAUCAUGCAGGCACUUGCCGCAUACACGGAGAGACACUACCGCCGAGUUGAGGAGCUCGUUGACGACAGCUACUUGGUUGAGUGGGUUCUCGGUGAGAUGGAUGGUGGUGUUGGGCUUAGUGGACUACGUGAUUUGACCGUGGGUGAUGUCAGUGACGAGGAAGAGCAUGAGAAGGACGUUGUUAUGUUGGAAGCAUAG